GUCAACUAACUUGAAAUGCGGAUGGCCCAACGAUAUAACGAUGGACAACUAAGAAAAUAUUUCAAAAUGUUGUUAAGAUCGUUCGAUAAAUUAAGCUAUUGUGGUAACUGUACUGAUGGUUGGUUAGAGAAUGGAAACUAUUGUUACCUUUUCCAUAGUAUAACAGCAACAUUACAGGGACAAAGCUGGUAUGAUUCCCUUUUAUCAUGUCAGCGUUAUGGAGGGAAUUUAUUAAGUGUGGCUGAUAAUACAGAAAAUACAUUCAUUUCUGAUCAGUUUAAAGAUACAACAAUUAAAAAUCAGCAUUAUUGGAUUGGACUAAAUGACAUUCAGAAAGAGGGAAUUUUUGUGUGGUCGGAUAAUUCAACUUCUAAAUUUCGAUUCUGGAACUAUCGUUCUGGUGAACCUAACAACUGGAACAAUAAUGAAGACUGUGUUGAAGCAACUUAUGAUGGCCGAUGGAAUGAUAAUUCAUGUGAUCGACUAUUUGGAUUUAUUUGUAAAGUCAAAAUAGGUGUGACAACACUAGCACCGCCAACUUUGCCUCCAUUUCCCAACAAUACAGAUAAACCUUCAACCUGUGAAGCUGGUUGGAAACCUUGGGGUACAUCCUGCUAUGAAAUAGUAAAUGAUUCACCUAAAUCUUGGUCUGAUGCUCGAUCAGAUUGCUUACGAAGAUUUGGAGAUUUGCUUAUUAUAGACAGCAAAGAUGAACAAAGUUUUAUUACAAAUCUAAUUUCAUCUUCAGAUGGAUCUUAUUGGAUAGGCUUAAGUGAUAGUUACAAAGAAGGAGAGUUUUUUUGGGUGAAUAGAGACAAAUUGAAUAACACAAUAUCAUUCUGGAGGGCUAAUGAACCUAGCAAUAGCUUUGGUAAUGAAGAUUGUGUGGAAAUGAUUAGCCAAGAUUCAGGGCUAUGGAAUGAUAACCAUUGCACUACAUUAUUUAAUUAUAUUUGUGAAAAAGUUUCAGGUGUCCACAAUUGUCCUGAUGGUUGGAUAGUUUAUGGUAAUAACUGUUAUCAGAUAAAUGCUCAUCCAAAUCAAAAAGUAACUUAUGCAGAGGCAGAGAAAGAAUGUCACAGUUUUAAUCAAUUAUGGGGAAAAAACAUUGAUGUAACAAAAGCUGAGCUUACAAGUAUUUUAUCAACAGAUGAACAAACAAUGUUAGUUAAAGAGUUUAGAAAGUUAGGCACUUUUGGUUUUGGAAAUAACUUCUGGAUUGGAUUAAAUAGCAUUUCUAAUAAUGGUCAAUUUCAUUGGUCUGAUUCUUCAGUGUUAAAUUUUAUGAAUUUUGAAAGUUUAUCUUAUAAUGAUACAAUGAAUAAGUGUGUUAGCUCCAGUCUUGCAGACGGAUUUUGGAAAGUUUCCUCUUGUGAUGUUUUAAACUACUUUGUUUGCAAAGUUCAAAGAGGUAAAGACAGAUGCUAUGAUCCUAUGGGCAUGCAAGGAUUUCAAAUACCAAAUAGUGCAAUAACUGCCAGCGGACAAUUAUCAUCUACAACUCCACCUGGAGCUGGUCGUCUAUAUUUAAAAAAUGGUAAUUCACUUGAUGGAGCUUGGUGUGCUCGAAAUGAAACAAAUCAAUGGCUUCAGAUUGACUUUGGACAAUCAGAGAAAUUAACUUACUUAGCAUUCCAAGGAAAGGCAAAUUCUGAUGCAUACAUUAAAGGGUUUUAUCUUAAAUACUCUAUGGAUGGUGUGACCUGGGAUAUUUUUGGAGAUAACCCACCAACCUUAUAUCAUCCAUUUACAGCUCUUGGUAAGCGAAGUGAUUAUGAAACAGUUUUUAGUAAUCCGUUUCCGACACAAUUGUUAACUCGUUUUAUACGCAUAUACCCUUUUGAUUGGGAUGUAGCACCUUGUAUGCGAGUUGAAUUUUAUGGCUGUUCACAAGAUGUAAAUUCUAAUGCUUGUGGGUUAGGAUGGAAAAUGGAUGUCAAAUCCAGAAGCUGCUAUAAAAUAAUAAACCAGAAAACAACAUGGGAUUCUGCCAACAGUAUAUGCUUUAAUGAAGGUGGCCAACUUCUAAGUAUAACUAAUCCUGAUGAAAUGUUAUAUAUCAACAGCGAGUUAAAAGCAUUGUCUGGAAAGUCAGACUUUUUUUGGAUAGGUAUGAAUGAUCUUGAUUCUAAAGGAAUAUACAGGUGGAGUGAUCAGUCUCCAACAUUUCUUGUUAAUUGGUAUAGUGGUAAUCCAAAAAUUGGAACUUUGAAAGAAAGAUGUGUGUUGGUUCGUUCGGUAGAUGGUUUUUGGAUGAAUGAAGAUUGUAGUUCAUUCAAUAGUUUUAUAUGCAAGAAAAAAUAUGAAAAUCCUUAUGAAGUGAAGCAACCAUUCAAUAGUAAUUGGCGCAGCUCCUGUGAUUACUACUGGCCGUUAGAUUCAGUUACCAAAAACAAUGAAGUCUUCGGAACAACAACUGCACAAUAUUUUGGAUCAAUUCAACCAACACCUUAUUCUACUUUUCCUGUAACUCUGUCAAAUAAUCAGUAUAGAAAUGUAUUAUCAUUUAAUGGAAAUAACAACUACUUAAAAACAGAUAUUGAUAGCACAUGUUCUAUAAAUCCUAUUUCUGAUAACUGUCCUCAUGGUUUUUCAGCUUCAGUUUUGUUUAAAUACAAAGAAAACCAAUUAUCAUCUAGUAAUCGUUUUAUCAUUGACAGUGUCACAACUUUCUCAGUUGGUUAUAGCAUAUACAUAAAUAUUGGAAUGGUUUAUGUAGAUGUUGUUGGUUCAAAUAAACAUUAUCUGUCUGGUUCAUAUUAUAAUAAAGACUCAUGGAAUCAUCUGGCUUUUACUUAUUCUUCACAAAAUGGAUUAGUUGUCUACAUCAAUGGAGAGCUCAGAAAUUCACAGAGAUCAGCUCUAAACAACUUGGGUAUAAAGUCAAGUUCUAGUAAGACAUUGUAUUUUGCAAAAUCUGCCGCAAAUGACGUUUUUUCUGAAGUAGAAUUGUCAUCCUUUGCAGUUUUUGAAAGGGAAUUGUCUUUAUCUGAAAUAAAGCAAAUUUAUAUAGCAGAAUUUGGAAGAUGUGGUUGGGGCCAAGAAGAAGUUGGAACCAAUUGCUAUUCAAUUGAGUUAACUGAAACAGAUUGGCUUACUGCAAGCAAACAAUGUCAAAUGGGUAAUGGAAGUCUAAUAAGCAUAAAUAAUCCAAUUGAGCAAGCUUUUGUAUCACUGAAAGCUUCAUCAAAUAUGUUUCCUAGUGGAAUGUGGAUUGGUUUGAAUUCGAAGGAGAUAAACCAUGUUUACAAUUGGACUGAUGGGUCUCAGUUGUCAUUUACUUUUUGGAAUACUAUGGAACCAAACAAUUGGAAUGGACGAAGAGAAGAUUGUGUUCACACUACUGUGAAAGGACACUGGAAUGAUGAUCUUUGUUAUUUUAAAAAGCCAUUUAUAUGCAAAUAUUCUCGAAAAAUUAUUCAGAAGGUUGAAAAUCAAGAUGACUUUGUUGUUAGUUUUGCGAGUUUUCAAUCUCUGACAUUUGGAUGUCCUUUAAUGAAGCGUGUAGUUAUAAAGAGUGUUUAUUAUGGAAACAAUGGUUGUUUCUUAUCACAAAAUGAUACUGUUCCAAUAGUUAAAUCAGUAUGCAAUGGACCUAGAUGUGCAAAUGUUAUUGCUAACAAUUUUUUUUUUAAAAAAAAUGUUGUAUGCAACAGUUAUUUCAAUAAAAUGAAUAUCACUUAUACUUGUGAAGAAGACAUAGGUUCUGUUAAUCCAAUGGGUUGUCCAAGUGGUUAUACUGUGUAUAAUGACAAUAGAGUCUGCUAUAGACUUUACACUUACCAAGCUAAUUUGACUGAAGCAUUAACACAAUGUAAAAAUGACAGUUCUACUGGGAAUCUGGUAUCAAUUCACUCAAGGGAGGAAGAAUUGUUCUUAACUACUAUGUUGGGUGCACUCUAUAAGAAUAGUGAUGUUUGGCUUGGUAUGAGAUAUGACCGUGCAGAACAGGUAUAUUCCUGGAUGAAUAAUAAUACAGUCAAUUAUACCAACUGGUAUAACAAGCAACCAGACCCGAGCCAAGGAGAGUAUAUUAAGUUUAGUCUUUAUAAUGGUGCAGAUGACUUUUUGUUUUGGCAAGCAGCCAAACCUGAAGAAAAACUUCCAUUUGUGUGUAGAACUUUAAAAGCGGGUACAACUGAAGCACCUCCACCAGUUACUGCUAAAAGUGGACAAAAGUGUGAUAAUGGCUCGAUUGAAUAUGGAGAUUACUGUUACUUUCUUAAUACGAAUAUGCUAUCAUUUUAUGAUGCUGAGGAAGCUUGCUCAAAAAUGGGAGAAAAUGGUCACUUGGCCUCUGUACCUUCUUUUGAAGUGAACAAUUUGCUUUUUAAUGCAUCAGUUUAUAACAAUAUUGAUUUUACAUGGUUUGGUUUAACUAAUGAAGGGAUCAUUAAUGGAUAUAUUUGGCUUGAUGGCUCUCCUCUUUCUUUUAUAAAUUGGUAUACUAAUGUACCAUAUAGAGGAGUGAAGCAUCUAUGUGCAGGAAUGCAGAAUGGAGGAAAAUGGCAGGAUUUGCAGUGUUAUCUAAAACAAGCUUCUUUUUGCCAAGUUCCAAAAAGAAAAAUGUCUCAAACAACAACAACUGUUCUUCCUAUUACUUCUUCUCAAGAUCCUUCUAGUUGCCCAUCAGGCUGGAAGUUGUACAACACAAAUUGUUAUUAUUUUUCAAAUUAUUCUUAUUUGGAUUGGCAUAAAUCCAAAUUAGCUUGUGAGUCUGCCAAUAGCAGUUUGACUAGUAUAUUAAAUUUAGACGAAAAUAACUUUAUUGCUUCAGAAAUCAGAAGGCGUUAUAUGGCAAAUCCAUACAUUGGCUUAAAUGACUUGUUUCAUGAAUCUGGCUGGAAAUGGGUAGAUGGAUCUGUUUCUAACUACUUCAAUUUUGAUACAAAUCAACCAGAUGAUUGGUAUGGAAUGGAAGAUUGUGUUGAACUAAGGUCAACAGGGUUUUGGAAUGAUGUGUCUUGUAAUAUUAAAAAACCUUAUGUUUGUAAAAAAUCAAAUAAUACAACCCCUGUUCAAAUUGUUCCUUCUAUUUCUCCUACUGCUCAACCAGAUUCUGGUUAUUGCGAAAAUGAUUGGACUUUAUACGGAAGCAAGUGUUAUUUUAUUAAGUAUGGACCUGGAAAUAGACUUCAGUUCAAAGAUGCAGAGGAGCUUUGUCGUUCAAUGAAUGCUACUUUGACUUCAGUUCAUUCAGAAUUUGAGCAUUCUUUUUUACUAAGUCAACUGUAUGACGCACAUGAGUCAGUAUACAUUGGGUUGUCCGAUCAACAAAUAGAAAGGACCUUUCUUUGGAAUGAUCAGUCAUCUGUCGACUACACUAACUGGUAUUACAAUCAACCAGAUUCGUUUGGUAAAGAAGAUUGUGUAGAAAUGAUGCCUUUUUUUAAAGAACAAGGUGGAUGGAAUGAUAUACACUGUGAAAAAGAAAAUGGCUAUAUAUGCAGUAAAAAAUCUCUACCAUCACAACCAACUAAUUCAACUACUACAGUAUCUCCGAAAAUAUCUUGUCCAGAAGGUUAUAAAUUGUAUCAAACAUCAUGCUACAAGUAUGUAGCUUCUCCUAUGUCAUGGGACGGGGCUUGGAAUGAAUGCAAAAAAGUUGAUUCUAGUGAUCUUGUAUCUGUUCAUAGUCCAUUUGAACAAGGUUUCUUGACAAGUUUCUAUGGUGAAAGAUCAGCACAGUUUUGGAUUGGAUUGCACAAACGCAUUGGUGAAGAUCAACUCCAUUGGACAGAUAACAGUCAUCUUGAUUUCUAUAAUUGGCAAAAUUUUCAACAACCUUUUGUACCUAAAAAUGAAGAAAGAUGUAUCAUUCACCAAUACAAAGCUAACCAGAAAGGAACAUGGACUAAUCAGAAUUGCUUAGGAUUGUUUCCGUUUGUAUGUAAGAUAACUAAUGAGGAGAGCAAAGGAAAACCAGAGUUUAAAGGAAAUUGUUCCAUUGGUUGGACUAAAUAUAACAAUUUGUGUUACAAAUUAUUCUCUGAUUAUAGUGAUAGAGCCUCUUGGCCUGAAGCACGUGAGCGUUGCUCUAUUUAUGGUGGCAACUUAGCAACAAUUCCCUCUGAUGAUAUACAAAAACAGCUUCGUAGCAUGGUUCGCAAUAGCUAUACUAGUGUUUGGAUCGGCUUGAAUGACCAAGCAGAAGAACAUAGUUUUAAAUGGAGCAAUGGAGAAAUUAUAUUUCCAAGUUCAUACACAAACUGGGCCCAAGGUGAGCCUAAUGAUGUUGAAGGUACAGAAAAUUGUGUGGAGAUUUCAACAAGUAGUGGUCAAUGGAAUGAUAAUCAAUGCAGUUCUCAACAAAGUUUUUUAUGUGAACAUACUUUAGAAUGCAUAGAUGAUCUUGGAAUGGUUAGUCAAGGCAUACCUGAUUCAAAUAUCAAUGCAACAUCAUAUGUUAACGGAUCUUUACCUUAUUUUGCAAGACUAAAUUAUAAACAUAAUAAUAAAGAUGCUGCAUGGUGUACUGACAUUAAAGAUGGAAAACAAUCAAUUACUAUUAACCUGGGAGAAUAUAUGACUGUCACCAGAAUUAAUAUUCAAGGUUUAUUGAACUCUGGUUAUGUGAUUUUGUAUCAAUUAGAAUACAGUUUAGAUGGAGUUAGUUGGAAUGUUUAUUUAGAUAAAGACAGCGCAGAUUCUAAGUUAAUACCGGCAAACAGUAAUGGUAACAAUAUUGAUGGCCAUAAAGUUAUGAUAGAAACUCUUUUUGUUCGAAUAACACCGAAGAAGUUUUAUGGUAAUUUGAUUUGCAUGAGAUUGGAAUUCUUUGGUUGUAAGUCAGUUUGCUCAAAAGCCCUUGGAAUGCAGAAUAAUCUAAUAAAAAAUGAAGAUCUCUCAGCUUCCUCUGCACACGAAAAUUUUCCUGUUACUCAAGCAAGACCAUUUUAUGCUGAUGGGUGGUGUGCACAGACUGCUAAUGAAAAUCAAUGGUAUCAAAUAGACUUGCGAACUCCUCAUAAAGUUACACGGGUUAUGGCUACUGGCCAAGGGACUUUAAAAUAUGAAUUGGCUUUUAGUAAUGAUGGAACAACUUGGAGUAACUAUACAACACUUAAAGGCUUAACAAAAUUGUUUUCUAUUGAACAUAAAAUAUAUGAGCUGGAAACCGAGCAAAUAUCACGCUAUGUUCGUUUCUUACCAAAGGAAUGGGAUCAGAAAAUUUGUUUACAAGUAGAACUCUUUGGUUGUACCAUUGAAUGUAAUAAAAGUUUAGGAAUGGAGAAUAAAGUAAUACCAGACAAAGCUCUCUCUGCUUCUUCGUCACAAACUGGUUAUCCUCCUCAAAAUGCAAGACUAAAUCUUGGUGCUUAUAACUCCAAUGGAUGGUGUGCUCAAAAGAAUGACAUAUAUCAAUACCUACAAAUUAGUUUUGACCAUGAAGUACGAGUAGCUUACAUUUCUACUCAAGGAAGUGAAGGAGAUGUUUCAAAAUAUGUUACUAAGUAUCGCCUUCAAUGGAGUACAAAUGGAGAUUUUUGGAAUCAUUUACCAAAUGAAUUACCAGGAAACAAUGAUGGACGAAAUUUUAAUCGCUUCAAACUUCCUUAUCCUAUAUUAGCUCGAUAUAUACGAAUUAAUCCUAUUGAAUUUGUAAAAAGUAUUUGCAUGCGUGUUGAGCUCUAUGGUUGCCCACUCGAUUCACAAAUCAAACCAACAGAACCACCUCCAAAGACAAAAGAUAUUUCAGUUUCUGGAAAUUUUCGACUGACUAGCUAUGAAUACAAUGAUGGACUUUCAAGUUCAAGCAGAACAGAGUUUGCCAAGCUGGCCAGCAUUGUUGAAGAAGCUAUCACUCGUGUUUACAUUGGUAGUGAAACAUUUAAAGAUGGCUUCAAGCGUGUAAUUGUCACCGGUUUCCGUCCAGGGAGUGUUAUUGUCGAUUUUCAAUUGCUGUUCAGCACAUCUAGUAAUGUUGACCCAAUAAAACCACUCAAAGAUCAAAUUGCAACAGGAGAAUUAUCAGGGUUGAAAGUUGAUAAAACAUCUUUCAAAAUAAAUGAACCACCCAAAGAUAAGCGAUCAAGUUCAAGCGGUGGUCUUUCGAAAGGUGGAAAAAUUGCACUCGGUGUAUUUUUUUCUCUCUUAAUCAUUAUGAUUGGUAUAGCAAUAGUUUAUAUGAGAAAGAAAAAAUCUGGUUUCGAACACAAAAUCUUUGACAAUCCUAAUUUUGAUCAACAAAAAUAUUUAAAGACAAAGAACGACUUGUCGGAUUAUCUUACUGCAAACUCAACUUCAAGUAAGAGUUAUGGUGGUAAUUGUUAUGAUGGCUGGAUUGAGAAUAAAGAUUUUUGCUAUUUAUUUAAUAAUGUAAACGAAACAACACCAGGGCAAACCUGGGAUGAUUCUCUUUCAAUUUGUAAACAAUUCGGAGGGAGUUUAUUAAGUGUAGAAAAUGAAGCAGAAAAUUUAUUUCUAUUAAAAUAUAUUAAAAACAACUUAGAUAAACCGUUCAUGAAUAGGCAGCGUUACUGGAUAGGUCUCAGUGAUAAAAAGAUUGAAGGAAAAUUUGUGUGGUCUGAUAAUACAAUUUCUAAUUUCACUUAUUGGGGCCCAAACCAACCAAGCAUGUCGCUUAGUCGUCAUUCAGAAGACUGUGUAGUUGCAGUAUCUGAUGGCUCUUGGUAUGACUAUUCUUGUCGCAGUCUUUUUGGAUUUAUUUGCAAAGCAAAGAAAGGUGCAGCAACACUGGUACCACCAACUUUGUCACCAAACUUCACUUUUCCAAACUCCACUGAUAAGCCAAUAACUUGUGAAGCUGGUUGGAUCCCAUGGGGUACUUCUUGUUAUGGUAUAAUUACUGGUUUGCCAAAAACUUGGUCAGAUGCUCGUGCAGACUGUUUAAGAAGAUUUGGUGAUCUAGUUAUUGUUGAAACCUACAACGAACACAAUUUUUUAGCAAAUAGAAUUUCUCGUACUGAUGUAACUGGUUAUUGGAUUGGCUUAAGUGAUUCUUUUAAAGAAAAAGAGUUUUUUUGGGUUAAUAAAGAAAAAUUGGACCAAAGCAUAUCAUUUUGGAGUUACAAUGAGCCAAGUAAUAGCUAUGGCAAUGAAGACUGUGUAGAAAUGAUUGGUAAAAACUCAGGUCUUUGGAAUGAUAACCAUUGUUUAUCCAUGCGCAACUAUAUUUGUGAAAAGGUUUCAGGUGUCCAUAAUUGUCCUGAAGGAUGGGUAGUUUACAGUGAAAACUGUUAUCAGAUAAAUGCACAUCCUAAUCAAAAAAUGACUUAUGCAGAUGCUGAGAAAGAAUGUCACAGUUUUAAUCACCCAUGGAAAAACAGCAAUGAUGUAGCAAAAGCUGAACUUACAAGUAUUUUAUCAAAAGAUGAACAAGCAAUGUUAGUUGGAGAGUUUAUAAAAUUAGGUUUGUCUAGUUGGGGUGAAUAUUUCUGGAUUGGAUUGAAUAUUUCUAGUAAUGGUCAGUUUGCUUGGUCAGAUUUUUCAAAAUUUGAUUAUACUAAUUAUGAUAGCACAUUUUUAAACCUCGCUACAACAGAUAAAUGUGUAAGUUCCAGUCUUGCAAGCUCUAUUGGGAAAUGGAAAGCUUCCUUUUGCAAUGACCUAAACAACUUUGUUUGCAAAGUAAAAAGAGGUAAAGACAGAUGUUAUGAUCCUUUGGGUAUGCAAGGUUUUCAAAUACCAAACAGUGCAAUAACUGCUAGUGAUCAAUUUUCUUCAAAAACCCCACCAGAAGCUGCUCGCCUAUAUUUAAAGAACAAUAAUUUAUUUGAUGGAGCCUGGUGUGGAAAAAAUAAAACAAGCCCCUGGCUUCAAAUAGAUUUUGGAGAUCUUAAACAAUUGACUUAUAUGUCAGUCCAAGGACAAGCAAACUCUUAUGCAAUUGUUACAGAGUUUUAUCUUAAAUAUUCAUAUGAUGGCGUUUCAUGGAGCACAUAUGGAGAUCUUCCCCCAUUACCUUAUUAUAAAUUUCCUCCAAACCAGAAAAUUAGCAAUUGGCAACCUGGUUUGGAUAAUGCAUUUAGUUUUCUUUUUCAACAACCAUUAAAAACGCGGUAUAUUCGUGUAUACCCUCUUAACUGGAUUGCAUUACCUUGCUUGCGAGUUGAAUUUUAUGGAUGCUCACAAGAUAGUAGUUCUCUAGCUUGUGGGAUAGGAUGGAAAAAUGAUGUUAAAUCCAAUAACUGCUAUAAAAUCUCAAAUCAAAAAACUACAUGGGAUUCUGCUAACAGUGCAUGUCUUGGUGAAGGAGGAGAAUUAUUGAGCAUAGUUAGUCCUGAUGAACUGUUAUAUGUUAAAAAGAUGUUGCAAUCACUAUCAGGAAAAUCUGACUUUUAUUGGGUAGGAUUGAAUGAUCUUGAUUCUAAAGGAAUUUAUAAAUGGAGUGAUCAGUCUCCUACGCCUCUUGUUAAUUGGUAUAGUAGUUAUCCAAAAAAUGGAAAUUUGAAAGCAAAAUGUGUAUUGAUUCGUUCUGCAGAUGGUUUUUGGGUGAAUGAAGAUUGCUACUCCUACAAUGCGUUUAUAUGCAAAAGAAAAUAUAAAAACCCAUAUGAAUUCAAGCAGUCGUUCAAUAGCAAUUGGCGUAGUUCCAGUGAUUACUACUGGCCUUUAGAUUUAGUUAUGGGUAAAGAGGUCAUGGGGACAUCAACAGCAGAAUAUUUUGGAUCAGGUCAACCUAAUUCUCUUUCUUUGUUUCCAGUGACUCUCUCAAAUCAACAACCAAGAUAUGUAUUAUCAUUUAAUGGAAAAGACAACUAUGUAAAAGCAGUUAUUAAUAGUUCUUGUUCUAUAAAUCCACUUUCCAAUACCUGUCUUCAUGGUUUCUCUGCUUCAGUUUUGUUUAAAUGCAGUCAGGAAUCAUCAACUAAGUGUUCAAUUAUUGACAGUGUUGCAUAUAAUAAAUUUAAGGGUUAUAGCAUAUAUGUUAUUGGCAAAACACUUUUUGUGUAUGUUCUUGGUGAAAAUAUUUACUAUUCACAGAAUGUAAAAUUCAUUAAAGAUACUUGGUAUCAUGUAGCAUUUACCUAUUCUCUACAAAACGGAUUAUUUGUCUACAUAAAUGGCACCAUUAAAGCUACUCAACCUUUCUUUCGUGUUUCUUAUUCGCGACCACAGUCUACUGAAACUUUAUAUUUUGGAGCAUCUGCAUCUCUAGAGUUCUGUAAAGUAGAGCUAUCAUCUGUUGCUAUUUUUGAAAGAGAAUUAUCUGUAUCUGAAAUAAAUCAAAUUUAUUUGUCAGAGUUUGGAAGGUGUAGUUGGGGACAAGAAGAAGUUGGAACAUAUUGUUAUGCAAUAAAUUUCAAUGAAAUGUCAUGGUCUUUAGCUAGAGACGCAUGUCUAUCAAGCAAUGGAAGUCUAGCUAGUAUAAACAAUCCAAUUGAACAAGCUUUUAUAUCAUUGAAAGUUUCAGAAUCCAAACUUUUAAAUGAAUUUUGGAUAGGGUUAGCCUCGAAAGAAAUAAAUAAUUUCUAUAAUUGGAUUGAUGGUUCUCCAUUGUCAUUCACUUUUUGGGAUACGAUGGAACCAAACAACUACGAAGGGAGAAGAGAAGACUGUGUUCACACUACAGUGAAUGGACGUUGGAACGAUAAUAUUUGUUACAUUAAAAGACCAUUUGUAUGCAAAUAUACAAAAAAAAUACAACAAGAGAAUGAAGGGCAGCAAGUUGAAUACAAUGUUAACUUUUGGUAUUAUCAGUCACAAACAUUUGGCUGCCCUUUAACCAAGCGGGUAAUUAUAAAGAGUGUUUUUUAUGGAAAUGAGAAUAAUGGAUGUUUCCUACCACAAAAUGAAACUGUUCCAUUUAUACAGUCCCUAUGUAGCGGAUCCUUGUGUGCAAAUAUUAAAGCUAAUGAUGAGUUUUUUAAAAAAAAAAACUUUUGUCGUGGAGUAUCGAAAAAGUUAAAUGUUACCUAUACUUGUGAAGAAGAUAUAAAUAGUCCUAACUCAAAGGGUUGUCCGUCUAGUUACACUGUAAAUAAGAACAACAACAUCUGCUACAGACUUUACACUUACAAAGCAAGUUUAACUGAAGCAUUAAAACAGUGUCAGGCUGACAGUAAAAAUGGAAAUCUGGUAUCUAUUCAUUCAAGUUUAUCAUUUCAUGAUGCUGAAGAGGCUUGUCAAAAUAUGGGAGUAAAUGGUCAUUUGGCGUCAGUCUCUUCUUUUGAGUUGAAUGACAAACUAUUUGGUGCUUUAGAAAAAUCCAAUUUAACCUUUGCAUGGUUUGGUUUAAUCAAUGAAGGAAUCACAAAUGGAUACACCUGGCUCGAUGGUUCUCCUCUUUCUUUCGUUAACUGGUAUACAGAUUCACCCAGUUUAGGAGUAUUCCAUGUCUGUGCUGGAUUGAACUUAGGAGGAAAAUGGCUGGAUCAACAGUGUUACUUAAGCAAAGCCUCCUUUUGUCAAGUUCCUAAAGGAAAAAUAUUUUCAACCACAGCAGCUCCUCCAGCAACUCCUGAUCAAGAUCCUUUAAUUUGUUUGCCUGGCUGGAAGCUAUUUGAAAAAAACUGCUACUUCUUUUCUAAAGGUCUAAAUGUAGACUGGCACAAAGCAAAUUUAGCUUGUCAAAGUAAUAGUAGCAAUCUAACAAGUGUUUUAAAUAUGAAUGAAAAUAAGUUCAUUGCAUCAGAAAUAAAACGGCGUGGUAUGCAAGACCCAUACAUUGGUCUUAAUGACAUGUUUCAUGAAUCUGGCUUUCAGUGGGUAGAUGGAUCAGCUCCAAUUUUCUUCAAUUUUGAUGUAAGCCAACCAGAUGAUUGGCAUGGGAUGGAAGAUUGUGUUGAAUUUAGAUCAUCAGGAUUCUGGAAUGAUGUAUCAUGCAACCUGCUAAAGCCUUACAUUUGUAAAAAGUCGAAUAAUUCUGCUCCUACUCACAUUGCUCCUUCAGAUUCUCCAACUGCUAAACCAGACAUUGGUUUCUGUGAAGAUGAGUGGAGCUUAUAUGGUAGCAAAUGUUAUCUGUUUAAGUAUGGAAUAGGAAACAGAUUAAAUUUUCAAGAUGCUGAAAAUUUUUGUAAAUCAGUAAACGCUACUUUGACAUCAAUUCAUUCUGAGUUUGAGAAUUCUUUUUUACUGAGUAAAUUGUACGAUGCACACGAGCCAUUGUACAUUGGAAUGUCUGAUCGUCAAUACGAGAGAACAUUUAUUUGGAAUGAUCAGACAUCUGUUGAUUACACUAACUGGUAUAUUGCUCAACCUAGUUGGUAUGGUGAUGAAGAUUGUGUAGAAAUAAUGCCUUAUUUUGUCCAACAAGGUCGAUGGAAUGAUAUAAAUUGUAAAAAGGAAAAUGGUUUUAUUUGUAGUAAAAAUUCAUUGACAUCACUACCUGCCACUACUUUAACUCCAACUCCGACUGCAAAAUGUCCUGAAGGUUUUCAAUUGUACCAAAUGUCAUGCUACAAGUUUGUAGCCUUACCCUUAACAUGGGUGGAUGCUUGGGAUGAAUGCAAAAAAGUUGAUAAUAGUGACCUUGUAUCUGUUCAUAGUCCAUUUGAACAAGGUUAUUUGACAAGCAUCUUUGGUGAAAAAGCAGCACAGUUUUGGAUUGGAUUGCAUAAACACAUUGGAGAAGAUCAACUUCAUUGGACAGAUAAUAGUCCGUUUGAUUUUAAAUAUUUCCAAGGUUAUGUAUCUUAUGUACCAAAGGGGGAGGAAAGAUGCUUUUCUCAUCAGUACAAAAUUGAAAGUAGGAAUAGUUAUUACAAAGGGACAUGGAAAAAUGAGAAGUGUGACAUUAAACUUCCAUUUGUAUGCAAGAUCACGAAUAAAGAAAGCGAAGGGAUAUCACAGUUUAAAGGAAACUGUUCUGUUGGUUGGACUAAAUACCUUGAUUUGUGCUAUAAAGUAUUUUCUGAUUAUAGUGACAGAGUCACUUGGACUGAAGCUCGUGAACGUUGUAAUACUUAUGGUGGAAAUUUAGCUUAUAUUCCAUCUGAAGAUAUACAAACACAAUUGCGUAUCAUGGUACGUGAAAGUUGGACAAAUGUUUGGAUUGGCUUAAAUGACCAAGCAGAGGAGCAUAAUUUUAAAUGGAACAACAAUGAAUUUUUGUCUCCAGGUUCAUACACAAACUGGGCACAACAGGAACCUAGUGAUGUUUCAGGAACAGAAAAUUGUGUAGAAAUGUCUUCAGCAAAUGGUCAAUGGAAUGAUAAUCUUUGCAGUAGUCGACUUGGUUUUCUUUGUGAGCAUACACUUGAAUGUGUUGAUGACUUAGGAAUGGUCAGCCAAAGUAUACCUGAUUCAAGCAUUAGUGCAACAUCUUAUGCUAAUGGAUCCAUUCCAUCAUUUGCCAGAUUAAACUAUAAACACAAUGAUAAAGAUGUAGCAUGGUGCACUGAUAUAAAAGAUGGCAAACAGUCAAUUACUAUUAACCUGGGAGAAUAUAUGACAAUCACCAGAAUUAGUACGCAAGGUUUAAUAAAUUCUGGCUAUGUGCUCGUGUAUCAACUUGAAUACAGCUUAGACGGAGUGAGUUGGAAAAUUUAUCCAGAUGAAGACAAUAUUGGUUCAAAGUUGAUACCUGCAAACAGUAAUGGUUUAAAUGUUGAUGGCUACAAAGUUAUGAUUCAAACUUUAUAUAUUAGAAUUACACCUAAACGGUUUUCUGGUGAUUUGAUUUGUUUAAGAUUAGAAUUGUAUGGUUGUAGAUCUGUUUGUUCAAAAGCACUUGGGAUGAAAAGCAAUUUGAUCAAAGAUGAAGAUCUCUCAGCUUCUUCUGCCAUGGAUGAUCACCCAGUUACUAAUGCUAGACCAUUUAGUUCAAAUGGAUGGUGUGCAAAGAUGGCUGAUGGAAACCAAUGGUAUCAAAUAGAUUUGCGAACUCCACACAAAGUUACAAAAGUUAUGGCUAUUGGUAAAGGCACCUUAAAGUAUUUAUUAGCUUUUAGUGUUGAUGGAACAAAUUGGAAUAACUAUAAAACAUUAAAAGGAUUAGAUAAACUAUUUGAUUACAAUAUACACCAAUUGGAAAAUGAGCAAAUAACACGCUUUGUUCGUUUUCUACCAAAGAAAUUCGAUGAACAAAUUUGUUUGCAAGUAGAACUUUUUGGUUGCACCAUUGAAUGCGACACUAGUUUAGGAAUGGAAAAUAAGAUAAUACCAGAUAAGGCUCUUUCUGCAUCCUCAGCGCAAGUUGGUUAUCCUCCAAAAAAUGCAAGACUUAAUCUUGGCGACUAUAAGUCAAAUGGAUGGUGUGCUAAAAAGAAUGAUAUAAAUCAAUACUUAGAAGUUAGUUUUGAUAAAGAAGUACGAAUUACUUCUAUUGCUACACAAGGUAGUGAUGGAGAUGUAUCAAAAUAUGUUACUAAGUAUCGUCUUCAAUGGAGCUUAAAUAGAGAUUUCUGGAAUCAUUUUGGUGAUGAGAUAUCUGGAAAUAAUAAUGGCCGAACUGUUAACCAAUUCAAACUGCCAAAUUCUAUAAUAGCUCGAUACAUAAGAAUCAAUCCUAUUUCAUAUGUAAAUGCCAUUUGUAUGCGUAUUGAACUUUAUGGUUGUGUUUUAGAUUCUCCAACUGACACACCUCUAAAUACCAAUGAACAUUUAAUUUUUGGUAGUUUUCGUCUGGUUGAUAUUGAAUACACAAAUGAUCUAUCAAGUUCAAACUCAUUAAAAUUUACAAAAUUAGCUAAUUCCAUUCAAGUUGCAAUUACCCAAGUUUAUAUUGGAAGUGAAACGUUCAAAUAUGGUUUCAAGGGAGUAGCUAUAAACAGUUUUCGUUCUGGCAGUGUCAUUGUAGACUUUAAAAUGUUCUUCAGCACUUCAAGCAAUAACGAUCCAAUGGAACCACUCAAAAAAGAAAUAGAGACUGGGCAAUUGGGGGACUGGACGGUUGAUAAGAACUCAUUUAAAAUAAAUCAAGAGUCAAAGAAAGACUCCCAUACUGGUUCUAACAGUGGUCUCUCAAGUGGUGGAAAGGUUGGUUUAGUGAUAUUCUUUCUAAUAUUAAUUAGCGCAGUUAUUGGAUUAGCAUUAUAUAUAAAGAGGAAAAAAUCUGGUUACAAGCACAAACCUUUCUCAAAUCCUCUUUUUGAAGAAGAUAUGAACGUUAAGUUUAUGAAUGGAGAAGAUUCUUAACUUUAUUAAUUCUUUUUUAAAAUUUAUCAUUUUUUAAAUUAAAUUUGAAAAAAAAAAAAAAACUAGUAACAAGUAUGUUGAUGAA